ACACACCCCAGCCAGUAAUGAAUUCGGUAUCAAGUUGGCGGGAUACAGCGCUAUCGUUCUCGUUUUAAGUGGUACAAUAAAAAGUGCAUAAAGUAGGCGUCGAAUCUCGUAUAACGUGGAACAGUUAAAAGGAUGGAAACAAUCGAGUUACUCAAGAGAUGGCUGUGAACGACGAUUCUCCGCAAUAUUGUCCGAGUUUCUCAAUAAUAGUCGUCGGUGAAUCGAAAUCAUUUUUGAAAGAACUCAACCGCGAGACAAUUCUCGAUUGUUUUUAACCAGAUAAUUGCUUUGGAAGUAAUUAUUUCAACUACCGACGACGCGUAAUUCUACUCACGGAACUUGGAAUUCCCAUUAGUGCCCCAGUCUGAAGAUAUCAAAACAUGGUAAUGGAAAGUAAUUCUGUCUCCCCAAUGCCAGAAUUGGCCCCAAUCGCAGAAUUCGACAAAACACCCCCGACGCCUCCGGAGGAUGCACUACCAAUGGACGAUCUACCCCCUCCACCAACUACAGUGGUCAACGUUCAAGAAGAAAAAGAAAAAGAAGUAGAAGCCGAAGCUAAAGCACAUAGGCAUUACGAAGACGAAAAUGAAUGGGGUUGCGGUAGUUGGUUGGAAUACACAUUCGUGGUAGUAUGCGCAAGCAUUCUCCUCCUCGGUUCGUUGGGACUCACAUUGUUUUGGGUCAUACAAUAUCGAGAAGGAUUCGCUUGGAGAGAUGAACCCGCUAAAGAAUUCAACUUACACCCGGUGCUGAUGGUAGCUGGUUUCAUCACAUUCAGUGGCUUUUCCAUACUCUUGUAUAGGAUUUGCAGAUGUUGCCGAAGAAUAUACGUAAAACUUCUCCAUACGAUUUUCCACGCGUUGGCUAUCCCAUGUAUAGCAGUUGGAUUUUUGACUGUACUAGAUUCUCACAAUCUAGCUAAUCCUCCUAUUGCUAAUUUCUACUCGCUGCACAGUUGGAUAGGAUUUGUUACGAUGGGAUUAUUUGCGAUACAGUUCGUAGUCGGUUUCUUCAGCUUCUUGAUACUACUUUGUUGCGAAGGUGCGACAGCUGGUUUCAGGGCAGCACUCGUACCGAUUCACGCAUCAUUCGGACUAACAACAUUCAUGUUAGCUAUAGCAGCAGCUCUUACAGGACUCACGGAAAAAGCGCUAUUUACACUGAAAGACACUUACUCGGAUUGGCAAGAAGAAGGUAUCGUCAUUAACGCGUUGGGGAUGGUACUGGUAGCGCUUGGUAUCCUAAUAUCGUACGCUGUACGUAGUCCAACCCUCAAGGGCGACACUAGAAUGACCAUUACUGAAAGGUUGUAGGAAAAGGCGCCAUCUAGCGCCAAAGUCUCGGAUGUAAACGCAACAUCAGAACCGGAACGGUUCUGAAUCCAACGAUAAUUUUUAGGUUAAAUUAAAUAGUGCAUGUCUAGUUAAUUAGUAUCUUCGAUUGCCAAUACAUAUUCUGACUAACCCCCGUAUAUGUUGAUAAUACACGCUUUUUUUGUAUAUAUGGGGAAGUGCCGGGAGAACAACUAACAUUGGUUUAGGGCGGUUUAUAUAUGACUAACUAUCCCUUAAAAAGUGUUCAAUUGUGCGAUUUUUCUAACGAAAUUUGUAUACAAUUUUGAGGAAAUUUAGAAAACGUAGAAUUGAAAAUACUGCAGCGUGAAUUUCCAAUGUGACUGCUAAAUAUUUAUGCCAAAAUGUCGAUGUAACUUUAGUAGAAGUAAUAGAUGGUAAGUGUAGUAAUAUCGAUAAUUAUUGCGUCCAUUCAAAAUUUGAUAUUUUUAUUAAAAUUAGAAAAAUGUUGCAUUUAUUGAAAAAUUUUUUUUAUAUUUGUUUCCCUCACUCAAAAAUAAAUUAAAAUGACCGAAAUACAUGUAACUUCAAUUAAUGUUUUUUGUGUUUAAAAUAUUUCUGGCUUUAAGCGAAUAGAGGACAGUUUUUAAUACUUUUACCUCAAGCUUUUCAAAUUUAUUUAUUAAAAUCAGUAUUUUUUUGAUAUAUUAGAUAGCACCAAACUUUAUAUUCAAUAUAUUAUAGGACAAAAUAUCUUUUUACAAAAAAGAAAAACAUAAAAACUAUGGGAACAACAGCCUCAAGUGUAUUUCGAUGAAUAUCAAAAUGCAUCAGAAACAAUUAUAAAGAUUUCAUUAGAAUAGCAAAAAUUAUUGCUGAUUAGUUUCAUUGCUCAAGCAGAUUUUCAUGAAAAAUGACAUUAAAAUAGCAAAGAUUUCGUUAAUAUAAAAUUUCAAAUCAAUCUUUUCGGGUAAACUUUUUGUUGAUUGAUUCCCAAAAUGUAAAUGCCUUUUCGCUUUGUUACUAAUCGAGUUUUUUUAAUUAUCUUUUAUUUAUUAAGUCAACAAACAAAACAAUUGACCAUUUCUUUAACAAAUAUGUCAGCCUAGAAAUUAUUGUUGGUUCUGUAUUUAUCUUACCAAAUGGUACUAAAGCACGUGGUGGUCCUUGGUCUUUUCAACAACGUGCUUCCACGCCACUAUUAUAGUUGGAGAUCUUUCAAUCAAAAAUAGUUUUAAGACAUAUUGUAGUCAAAAGUUUAAUUUUUUUGAUUUCAAUUAGCCAACAAAUGUCUUUUGUGCAUUAAACUUGGUCCAAAAUGGCUUUUGUAAAUGUAAUUGGAUCAAAAAAUGGCUUCUCUGAAAUUAGUUUGGCCAGAAAUUGGCUUUUCUAAUUCUAAUUCGUUAUAUUUGGUCUGAAAUUGGCCUUUUUUAGUUGAACUCAGUCAACAACUAUCUCUUCUGAGUUUAAUUCGGUCAAUAAUGACUUUUCCCAGAUUAAUUUUAUCAAAUGUACUUUUCUUGGUCCAAUUUAUUCGAAAAAUCAUUCUUAUAAGGUUAAUUUAUUAAAAAAAAGGUCUCCACACAAUUUAAUUCAGUCAAGAAUGGCUUUUGUAAGUCUAAUUUCGUCAAAAACUGCCUUUUCUGCAUUAAAAUGGCUUUUGUAAGUGUAAUUUGACGAAAACUUAGUUUCUUUGACAUUACUUUGGCCAGAAAUUGGGUUUUCUGAUCUCAAUUCGAUAAAAAAUUGUUUUUCCAAGUUAUAUUUGGUGUGAAAUUAGCUUUUCAAUUUUCUAAACUUAAUUUAUUAGAAAAAGGUCUCCAAACAAUUCAGUCAGAAAUAGCUUUUGGUCUAAUUUGGUCAAAAAUUGGAAUUUGUCUUGCAAAUUGGUUAAAGUCCAGCUUUCAUUUCCGCAUUUUAAUUGUUCUGAUUAUCUAGGUUUUCCUUAUAUUUAACUUGCUCUUAAGGGAAUUUUGAUUGGCAAAUUUUCCCAACUUAAUUGUACUCUAAUAACAUCAUUUGUUAUUUUUUGUUCUCCAUCAAUCCCUCAUCUUCAGAUAUAACACCACACUUCUAACCACCUCAACUUAUUGACUCCAAUGACUAUAUCUUCGAUUUUUUUAAUGGUAAAAUAUGCUUUGUCUCCCAACUUGAUAGUCCUCUGAUGGCAUCACUUGUUUAUCUUUUGUUAUUCAUCCAUCCAUCACCUUCAGGUAUUAUCAUCUACCUUAACCUCUUUGGCAAUUUCUUCCUAGUGGUGAAUGGCAUCCUUUCAUUUCUCUUUUCUCAGCACAUGACUAAAUCAAGUCAACCAUUGAAACUUAUUGAAUGUUAUGAUGUCUUCUCCAUUGAGUAUAUCUUCGAUUUUGAAAAUCCUUAAUAUCUUCUUUCAAAUACUCUUAUUUUCAUUAAGUCUAGCUUGGUUAAAGUCCAACUUUUUCUUCCAUAUUCUGAUGAUUGUUUCAUAGACUUUCAUCUUGGUUUUCUUUGUAGUCAACUUGCUUUUAAGGGAAUUUGUAUUAGCAAAACUUUAUUCUUUCUUUGUCUACCUUUGUACCUGAUGGCAUCACUUGAUUUCCCUUUGUUAUUUACAACCUCACUAAAAUUUCUUUUAUUUUAUUGUGCCAUAAGCAGAUUUUAUGUUCAUAUUACCGAUUUAUAAUUAAAUAAAAAGUUAAAUUAGUUCUUAAAAGAACUGAGUUUAAUAAUACAGGUAAAUACACGUUCAACUCAAAAAUGCGUUUAAAACAUCACGGUAAACAAAUCCCACGUCAAAUUCAAUCAUUAAUGCUGUCAGUUAUUCACGUUAUAUCAAUUAUAUUGUUGUCUCUUUUUACUGUCAAUUUAAAGAAACGCAUGUCUUGUAGUUGGUCUUGCGAAGAAGACUCAAAUAAACAAACACACAUUUUCCAAAAAAGAAACAA